AUUCAACUGUUCAAUAUAUCAGGUGAAUUGAGAGAAUUAAAGCUAUUCGAUAUUGAUACCAAUACCAAGUCAAUCAAAUUCAGUGUGGAUUGUUUGAAUUUAACUAAACGACAUAUUGAAUUAGUUAAAAUCUUUUCAAGGUUAUCAGGUAACCUUAUGCGUUUAAAAGAAAUACAAUUGCAACGAGAACAUUUAGACAAUCAACUUAGUAUGUUUGCAUGUCAAAAUAAUACAAUCGGAUAUAUUACAAAUUUUACUCGUAAAAUAUCUUUGUUAAUCAGUAGUUUGGAUGAUAUUCAAAGUGAGGAUGGUAUUUCCUUUCGUUGGCCAUGUGGACGAUUAUGUAAAUAUAUCACUUCAAAGUAUUCAAGCUUAUAUUCUCCUUCGUUGGAAGAUAACAAAGAAGUUAGCUUGUCUUCUCAUUUAUAUUUUGGUAAUGAACAUGAGAUACAG